AUGGCAAAGCAUAGAGCUCUCCUGUUUCCUUAUGUUUUCUCCAUUCUCAUACUCACUAUGAGCUUAUUGUGCAAAGCUGUUGAUGAUGAAGACAGAAAGCCAUAUAUUUUCUACUUGGGAUCACUUCCUAAUGAUGAGGCCUUCUCACCACUGUCUCACCAAAUUGGUAUACUCGAAAGAGUUGUGGAGAGCACUUCUGCUUCUAAUUUCUUGAUAAGAAGCUACAACAGGAGCUUCAAUGGGUUUGCUGCCAAGCUCACUGACUAA